CCACUUCGGCGUCGCAGAGCACGCGGCGAAUCGGCAUUCAGCCAAUCAGCGCGGCGCUGUUGCCUCGCCCCGCCUCACGCCAGCGUCCGGGAGGUGCGGAGAGGGCGCCCAGCUUCACUGCGCUCUAAGCGCGCACUUCCGGGCACGGUGGUGGCGUGACGUCGGGAGGAGGGCAGACACGCCGCUUUUUGGAUGCCUCCUAUGCCUGGCGGGAGUCUUGUCUGAGCCGGCACCACCACACGGCCCACAACAUCUUCUCAGGGAAGCCUGUGGACCCUCUGCCAGGCACCGCAAGAGGUCAGGACAGGACAGUGUGUUCACAAGGCCAGUUUCUGAUUGUCUGCCCUGAGGGUGAGGACCAGUAGGCAGUUUCCAAGAUGGGUGAAAGGAAAGGGGUCAACAAGUACUAUCCUCCGGACUUCAACCCUGAGAAGCAUGGCUCUCUCAACCGAUACCACAACAGCCACCCGCUUCGGGAGCGGGCUCGGAAGCUGUCACAGGGCAUCCUCAUCAUCCGAUUCGAAAUGCCGUAUAACAUCUGGUGCGACGGCUGCAAGAACCACAUUGGCAUGGGUGUUCGUUACAACGCAGAAAAGAAGAAGGUGGGCAAUUACUACACAACCCCAAUCUACAGGUUCCGGAUGAAAUGCCACCUCUGUGUCAACUACAUCGAGAUGCAGACAGACCCCGCCAACUGCGACUACGUGAUCGUGAGUGGCGCCCAGCGCAAGGAGGAGCGCUGGGACAUGGCAGACAAUGAGCAGGUGCUAACUACAGCUCUGGUCAUUGCAGAGCAUGAGAAGAAGCAGAAGCUGGAGACGGACGCCAUGUUCCGGCUGGAGCAUGGCGAGGCUGACCGGAGCACGCUCAAGAAGGCACUGCCCACCCUGAGCCACAUCCAGGAGUCCCAGAGCGCCUGGAAGGACGACUUCGCCCUCAACAGCAUGCUGCGGAGAAGGUUCCGGGAAAAGAAAAAAGCCAUCCAGGAGGAGGAGGAGAAAGAUCAGGCCUUGCAGGCCAAGGCGAGCCUGACCAUCCCGCUGGUGCCCGAGACGGAAGAUGACCGCAGGCUGGCGGCCCUGCUGAAGUUCCACACCCUGGACUCCUACGAGGACAAGCAGAAACUGAAGCGAACCGAGAUCAUCAGCCGCUCCUGGUUCCCCUCCGCCCCCGGAUCCGCCUCCAGCAGCAAGGUCAGCGGCGUCCUGAAGAAGCUGGCCCAGAGCCGCAGAACCGUGCUUGCCACCUCUCCCAUCACCGUGGGGGACCUGGGCAUCGUGCGGCGGAGGUCUCGGGAUGUCCCGGAGAGCCCCCAGUAUGCGGCUGACACCCGCAAGUCUGGGGAACCGCGGGUACCAGAGGAGGCUGCCCAGGACCGGACCACGGCCCCCAGAGACUGUCCUCCAGAAACAGCUGAGACCCCCAAGUGCAGCAGGCUGAGGGGGCAGGAAGGGAGCCAUCAGGACAAGCCCCUGUCGCUAGCAGGCUCCUCCCAGGAGGCAGCUGACCCGGCAGACACGCGGCACCCCUGCAGCCUCGGCUCCUCCCUCGUGGCGGACUACUCUGACUCGGAGAGUGAGUGAGCAGUCCCCAUCCUGAGGACUGGCCCCGCUCCAGAGGCCCGGACACACCUAGGAGGCCCCUCACAGACUGCAGACCGCCGCUCGCCCACCAGCCCUGGGAGAGCUCAGAUGCCACACCCUCCCCAGACCUCGCCUUCCUGCAACUGUGAAGUUAUUUAUUUGGUCUUGGUGAGGGUGUUUGUGCCUUGUGAGACUCCGUACAUUAAAGACCUGUCUCCUCUUCCC